AUGGUGAUGUACGCGUACUCGGAGGGAUCUGAAUUAGGGAAGCAAUCGAUCAGCCGGGUGGAACAUGACACGGCAAGUGACGAAGAAUGGGAGGAGUUCGAAGGAGAAACAGAAAGGCCUGGACCGAUCAGCGAUGAUGAGUGGGGUUCAGCCGAGAUGAGUGUUGACAAGCGCUCUGAGGAUGAUGAAAACAGCAAGGCAGACACAGUAAUAUUGGAGAGCCCACCUACGGAUGACCAAGCUGCCUAG